AUGGCCAAGGUGGUGUACGCCUUUGAAGCUGAGGCCGAGGGCGAGCUGACCGUGACGGCGGGCGACGCCGUGUGGGUGGAGGCGGAGACCGACGGCUGGUUCACGGUGGUGCGGGAGGCGGACGGCGCGCGGGGCCUGGUGCCCGCCUCGUACGUCGAAAUGGAGGGCUUCACGUGA